AUGUCCGUAUCCAUUGAUAUAGAGCCUCAUGUAGGAGAGGGGGACUGGGAAGAACUUCCUCAAAGCCAGGGCUUGCCUGGUGCGGUAUCGGAUGAGACUCCAGCAUGUCAACUGUGUCGCAAGAAGAAAGCAAAGUGCUCCAGACAACGGCCAUGCUCUCAGUGCCUCAAGUCAGGUGCCGACUGCGUCUACGAAGAUAAGCGGUCCAAAGGCGGCGUCAAGAUCGGUGUCAUAGAGCGACUAAGCCAACGAAUUGACACAAUCGAAAACAUGUUUCUGGGACAAAGCGUUUUGAUGCAGCAACUCAUAAAAGGCCGAAAUACGACCAAAGCCAGCUCUUUUCAACAAAGCUUCACGUCUACUGAUUUCGCUACCUCUACCGAGAAAGUGAAACAAGCUCUGUUGGACGUGGUGGCCUCGACUCAAGAAGCAGAUGCAUGUGAUGUUGUUGAAACUUCAGAGUUGUUUCCAUCCAAAAGAAAACGAGCGUACAAGGAAGACCUAAAGGUUUCCGAUGAUCGCCCGCCAAAAAGAAUCUGCGUCUCAACAAGUACUUUAUACGCCACCCCGCAACUUGCGCCCGUUGAGACUAUCCUAGAGGUUUACUUCAAGUUGAUACAUCCUUGGAUACCAGUUUUGCAUCCCGCAACAUUCCUCAGGAGAGCGCGCGAGGCAGACCGACCGCCAGGGAUUGUUCUCGUAUUAAAGGCCAUUACUGCCAUGGCUUUGCCCUACGCUGGUGUAUCAGCCGAGACUUGUCGCUCCGAAGACCUAGACAACCAUCUGUCGCAGCUGCGCCAAAGCGUUGUCAUUUCAGCGAUAGAAAGCAGCUCAAAAGAAGCCAUACAAGCCCUGAUUCUUGUUACAUUCGAUACCAUCAAACGAGGCUUGAGUCGCUCGCCAUGGUCUCUUGUUUCUAUUAUAUGUCGCAAGAUUGAGGGGCUGCAGCUGAAUGCCGAAGAGAAAAGAGAAAAUCACCACCUGGCUGCAUUCUUCUCACAGCCCACAGAGCCGCUUGAUCCCCCAACUGCGUGGGUAGAGGUGGAAGAGCGUCGGCGCGUAUUUUGGGGAGCAUUUCUUCUCGACAGAUUCUGCAGCAUUGCGACUGGAUCAAACCCGAAUAUAUCUAGUAAGAGUAUACAAAGACGACUACCAUGCGAUGGAUGUAUGUGGGAACUUGACCAAUGCGUCGAGACAUCAUUCUUCAAAAUUCACGAGCAAACCCAAGAUGACCUGGAUGCCAUUGCGGACACUGAGGAUGCACCCUUUCCACCAGUCUAUAAUGACUCACAAGGGCCGACUGGUAUUGGUGGGCUAGCCUACACGAUUGAAGCAACAGAGUCGCUUUAUCUAGUUUCCAAAUUUCACGAACGACAUCCUCUGGAGCCGGACAGUGCAUCGCAGCUCUCAGGUUGGCUGCACAAGUUUCGACAACUAGAUUCGCGACUUCUCCAAUGGGAGCUGUGCUUGACGCAUCGCUGGCGAGAGGUCCGCGUGGUGGAUGGUUAUAUUGACCCCAACUUGACAAUUGCGCACAUGACACACAAUGCAGCCAUAAUAACCCUACACAGUCGGCUCGCAUGCCCACCGCGGCAAGCGCGAGCGUGGCUGUCGUCGCUCGUAUCUGGCGCGUCCAAGGAAGCUUGUGUCAUGGCCGCCAUGAAGAUUGAUCGCAUUGCCAGGCGUUUCUUGGAAGCAAGCUCCGGGAUUCCACCGCAUCAAUUUGUACUUUGCAUGUACAUUGCUGGAAAAGUCUUACUGCAAGAAUGGAAUACUACAAGGGUGUCCGAGACUGCAACUUCCCUGGUUGCACUACUACUGGAGGUUUCGAGUCGAAUAUCAGUUUUCAAGGAGGGGCAGAUGCAAAAUUUCAAUGCAGAAGAUCCCGCAAUGAGGCUUCGAAAGGCACUCAUCGCGCAGAAAGAGUCGACCGAAGAAACCGGGGUCAGAAACGUGGCACCAGCCAUUGUGCCAGGAACGGUGUCGACAGCCCCCAACGAGCAGCCACUGAUGAACAUGGUGGACUUUUCCACCAUGCUGCAUCCCUUCUCAACUUCACCAUCUAGCGGUGGCAGCGUGUUUGGCAUAAACCUUCUGGAUCAAGAGUCGCCACUGGAGUUUGAUCGAGGCUUGCUGACCAGUGACCAGCCAGUCCUUGAAAACUCGGGCACACAGGACGACCAACUUGAAAAGGGCGCAGCGGAAUCGACUGCGGAAGAUGAGACGGACUUUGAUUUUAUGGCGGAGCUACGAAAGCUCGAGUCAAGAGCACGCGCGCAAGAGAGACGGCAGCGGGGGACAAGCUGA